CCAUCUCACUUUCCCCCUUUUUUCUCUCUCUCUCUCUCCUUUUCUCUCUCACUCUACACCCACACAAAUGCAGACAUUGAAGAGAGAGAAGGAGAGGGAGAAUUGUAUAGCUCGAACGAAUCGUUCUCGUUCAUGAUGUACGGAACGAGAAAAUCGAACCGACAUGCAGUAAGGUGAAAUGUUAGUCUUGCUUUGGAGUUUUAAAAUAUUGAUUCGUGAUGUGAAAAGACGGUGUGUUGCCCUCCCUUAAAAAGUUUCUUUCAAAAUCUCAAGAUUUUUACAUAAAAUUUUCUUUCAAAAUCAAGACAUUUAAUAAUAAAGGAAAAAAAUUAAACGAAAGUGUUCCUCGUGAAAUAUUGUGCAAACAAAAUAACCUAGAGCAAAUAUACACACUCUACUAUCAAGGUCGGAAACAUCAGUCUCGCCGGGAUAUUAAAACUCAUUAUUUUUCAACUGAUAUAUAAAAGCAUGUGCUGCACUUUGAUCAUGAAAAGUCUUCGAUCGUGCCGAGCGAUUAAUUUCGCGAACCAUUCGUCGUGAUACGCAUGUUCCCGUUGAUGUCUCGUCCUCUGCAUGUCUCUCGUACGGCAGAAAUGGUGCAUCAAUUUACUUGUAUAAAUAAUGUCGGAAUUGAAAAUCACGCCUCAUUUUUUUUUAAAAGAAAUCUUGUGAAAGAGAAAAGAAAAAUAAUUGAGUUGAAUUUUGAUCAUGAUGAUGAAAUACAUCGAGUUGGAAAAAGGAGUAAUGAAGAGUAAACGUCAUUCGUUCUUUACUCAUAUUUGGCGUUUUCAGGCAAUGAUUUGGAACAUUUAGAAGAAGUUUUUCAUGGCUUUUGUAAGUGUUGACUUGCAUUAGCUCGAAAUUAAUCAACAUGGACUCACCGCCUUCGUGUUCUCUAAGCAUGACCGGACCUCUUAGCGAUAUUGGAAGCAGUGGACUUGGAGGUUCAAUAUCCAGUGAUUCUGUUAGAGCGCAUUUAGCAAUAGAGAUGCAAGAAAGCGACAUGGAGAGUAAAUCACUGUCCCAGGACUCGUUCGACUAUUCCGACGGGAUGUGCGGUGAAAAUUUCAAUACCCUAAAAAAAGGUCCAGGCUGGAACGAUUUGGAUGGGAAAUUAGAGGUGGAAGUUGAAGUGGUGGACGUGGCAAUAAAGCCACCACCCGAAUUUCAGGACAGUCCAUCGCCGCCCGACUCAGCGUCCCUUGGACCAAUUCUCUGCUACAAUCAUUUGCUCUGCGACAAGACGAAUCAUUCAUGGAUGGAUGAAUUCGCCGAGAACCUAGUGCGACUGAUUGUCGAGGAAGCACUGGCAAUAUCCUGCCGGAUAUCGUGGCCCGAGGGCAGAAUUUCCUCCGCGAGUGGAAACAGUAAUAUGCGAAAUUCAAGACGUGCAUGGACAACGGACUAUUUUGCCUCAUCGACAUCGUGCCAGAGCGGUGCAACAAUAACAAUCACACCGUUCAGCACACUCCAUCGGCCAAAUUCUCGAAGUUCAUUGGCAUCAUCGCGUCUAAGUAGUUCGCACAAUUCGAUUAAUACUUCUGGUCUGGGGCACAAGGUCGACGACAGUAGUUUCAUCACGUCGGCAAUGUCCCACGACGUACUCACCACGAGUGAAAUUAGCGACAUGUACAAUGUGCCCUUCGAUUCUGAUAUUUACACAGUGCCAAUCGAUGUCGUGCGUCCUCUCCACGAACUCCGAACACCACAACGACCCAAACGUCACAAGCAUCAUCGCAAACGACGGAGAAAUGUCUCGGCGAGUUCACAAAGCGAAUUGGAGGCUCACAUCCAACAGGCCAGACACUACUGCGGAAAAUCCAGGGCCAUUACCCACGUCAUCAAAUCCCAAAGGCUACUCGCCGAGGUAUGUUGCAACGAAACAGGAAACGGCAAACGUCACAGUGUACCCGGUACAUCAGGACGGCACAGUUCACGUUCCUCGAAUAAUAGUCACACGCGAAAUAUCGGUGAACCAAUUCACAUGACAUUGCACGAGGUGCGACAGUAUUUGCAAACUCUAUACUCAAGUUCUAGUGAUUCUAGUGAAAACAAGAUAAAACGCGAUAAAAUGGCAACUGGCCAAUCGUCGUUACAUCUUGCAAUGCCCAAAGUUCUUAAUAUUAAUAAUAACAAUAGAUAUAGUAAUCCACAUACAGACUCGUCGACAGACACGCCAAUAUCGAAUAAUAAAGCUAGCAAUGGACUGAUACACACUAAUAAUAAUAAUAAUGGGAACAUUAAGAAGCACAAAAAAAGUACACUCGUCAAUAUUAGGCACAAAAAAUCCAAGGACGAGGGUGUUCAUAAGGAGAAAACGGAAACUGAACGUGAUAAAAUAAAAAAGAGUCAACGUAAUUUUUCUCUAAAUCUCAAACAGACGUUGUGUAAUAUUUUUAGGUUUAGGCGACUCGGCUCACCUGAGCAUUAUGUGAAUAAAAGAAAUAGCAUUGUUCAAGGUGAUAUCGUUGAGGAGGAUGAGGGUGUUGAUUUUGAUCAGCAUGCGAAUAAUAAUAAUACCACCAAUGCAAAUGAUGUUGAUUCAUCUGCUCAGAAAAUGCCUUUUUUUAAACGCGCUUUACCCCCAUUACCAAAGACAAAUGGUCACAUCGAAAUGGAAUCGCAUAAUAAAGAAACACCAUCGGCACCACUACCACCGCCGCCAAUUUUAUUGGCAAAGUGUGAAUCGCCGUCUUCCAUUCAGCACUUGCCAAUUGGAGCUUCGCGUGAUGAUGAGGAACCUGCUGAGGACACCAGUAUGGACUUCGCUGCCAGUAUAGAAAAAGUUAAGGAUUAUGGAUGGUACUGGGGUCCUAUAAGCGGCGAGGCUGCGGAAAAAAUACUAUCCAACGAGCCGGAUGGAUCAUUCAUUGUGAGAGAUAGCAGUGAUGACCAUUACAUUUUUUCCCUGUCAUUUAAAUUGAACAGUUGUGUAAGACACGUGAGGAUAGAACACGAUCAGGGUAAUUUUAGUUUCGGAAGUUGCACAAAAUUCAAAUCGCACACAAUUGUCGAUUUCAUUGAGAAUGCAGUUGAACAUUCGAGGAGUGGUCGUUAUUUAUUUUUUCUUCAUCGUCGACCUGUUUUGGGUCCGAUGAGAGUACAAUUACUUCAUCCCGUAUCAAGAUUCAAACAAGUGCAGAGCUUGCAGCAUACGUGUAGAUUUGUCAUAUUAAAAUUGGUUCGAAAGGAUCUCAUUUCAACACUACCUCUGCCAAGGCGUCUCAUUGAUUAUUUGAAUACACCUCAUUAUUAUAGCGAGCAAUUGGCCGAACAAGAGGAACGUGUUGAAUCGCCAGUUAGCUCCUCAACUGGCGAAUUAGAAAAGAUUUGUUUUACACCGCAAGGCCUAUCGUGAGGUAUAAAAAAUACGUAAGAAAAAAAAGAAGGAGAAAAAGAAAAUCGCAUAUUAAAAUUUCAUACGCGAUCUGUAAUAUAUAAAAGAGGGAAAAAAUGAGCAUACUACUAAUAUUUAAUAUUUCCUCCAUUUUCUCUUUCAUUCAAAAAGGGAAUUUUUUUUAAGGCACAAUAUUGUUUAUUCGAAUUUUGCGCCUGUAGACUGAAAAAAUCUGUGAGUGAUAGUUAUUUAAAUUUUUUUUUGAUAUGUUGCGAAGGUGAAGAAAUUUUUUUUUGUUAUUUGUUAGAAAAAAGAUACGUUAUUGAAAUUUUUAAAUAUGUAUCGUUAAAUAUGGUCACGGAUGCAAGAACGACUUGAUAUUAGUUUUUUUUAUAUAGACAUAGGCGAUAAUUAUUAUUGAUCUGGCAUUCGUGUUCCUAUUUGCUUGAUCGACAAGUUCUCUAUUUUAUGGAAUUAUUUAUUAAAAAACAUUGGUGCAAUAUUGUAGAUGUUAAUUAUCAAAAUGAAGUCGUUUAAAGGCUCAUCGCUCUCCCUCCUCCAAAGUCUGUUUUUCUGUUGUUUGUUACAAAUUUCUUGUCAGAAUUAAAAAAAAUAUUUUUUUUUAUUUUAAUUAUUAUUUUUAUUUUUCCUUAUCUUUUUCUUCAUUUUCUAUUAUUAUUUUUCUCUACCUUCUAAACAUUAUUUUUCUUUAUUUUCCAAAUAUUAUUUUUCCUUUUCUUUAUUUUCUAAAUAUUAUUUUUCUUUUUUAUUCUUUGGAAUUCUUUUUUCAGAAAUUGUUUUUGUUUCUUUAUCAAAAAACAUCUUCCCCUGAUCUUUGUAUACGCUACUUUAGAAUAUAAGAUAUAUCGAUAAAAAUAAUAAUUUGAGUAAAAUAAUAAAAAAAGUAGCAUUUCAUAGAAAGUACGCUGCAAACAAACAAUUAUGAAAAAUAAAAGUUUUUUCCAGCAUGCCGAUUACUCGUGACUACGGAAUAUAUAUAAAAACCGUCAUUUAGAUAAACGUCAUUAAAAAGAAAAAGAAAAAAAAUACAUCAUAAGAAUUAUACACAUUUUAUACUCAUUCCUUUUUGGAAAAUGUAUACGGUUAUUUGUAUAUACCUUUAGCCUAAAAGAAAGAAAAAAACAUUGAAAAGAAAAAUGAAUUGAAAAAGUUGAUUUUCCAUUUUUUCAAACUUCUCCAACAAAAAAAAUAAAAAUGAAGAAAAAUGAAAAAAAAUAAUAAUACAACGCCACCAAUAAUAUAAAAAAAAUAAAUGCGAAGGGCACAUACACAGACACAAACAAGUGAUAUGCAAAAACGACUUGCGCGGGCAUUGUGAUUUUAUUUAAUAAAAAUAAAAUUCCGUCUAUAUAUUUAA